AACACCUUACACACCACCGCAACAUAUUUUACAGAAAAUAUAUACAAAAAAUGUUAAAAACCUCUAAUGAACAUGUUAAACGGACUGGUGAAAUUCCAUAGUGCCAAUAACUCCUACAGCUAUAACACAGUGACUGUGGUGCUACUUACGGAAGUUCUGAAACUACUUGUGUCUGCCAGUCUCUAUUGCAGGGAAAGAAACUUACCCAGUCUGCUACGCGAUGUGCGGAAGGAUUCAGAUGUCAUGAUGCUUUACUUUGUACCCGCGUUUCUCUAUUGCCUUUACAACAAUUUGGCUUUUAUCAACUUAUCCACGUUUGACCCAACAACGUAUUACCUUUUACUGCAGCUACGUGUUGUUAUCACUGGCGUACUAUUUCAGAUAAUUUUUAAGAAGUACUUGACGCGCCGCCAAUGGAUCUCGCUUUUACUACUCACACUGGGAUGUAUGUUAAAGCAAAUUAAUUUGAACAUGUUCUAUGGAGAUACCAAUGAUGAUAGUGAAGCUGCUGCAGUGCAACAAGCGAACUUAAAUGGGACAUCAGCCUCUGUAUCGAGGGUAAGCGGAAAAAAUAUGACCGGUUUCGACCUAAGUCUCAGUGCCGUACUCAUACUGGCACAAACGAUAUUUUCAGUUAGCGACACAGUGCCUUACUAA